UGUUCGCUCUACACAAUCAAUCAUACAUUGGUUCCUUCACAACGAAGAGUGUUACACUUUUGCCAAAUAUGGUUGAUAAACUGUUUCUGUUUCUUGUAUACGUCUACGCAUCUGUUUACUCUGCUGUGAAUGCUGCAGUAAAGGAGGUUAUUGUAAAUUGUGAGGAAGAUGCAGUUCUCACGUGUGAAGCUGAAAUGGAGUUCGGAGUGACAUAUCGAUCUUUACUCUGGUACAAGUGUGAUGAAGAUCUCCCCGACUCUGUGACAGGAAUCAUUCGCAAGACACUAAAGAGCAGUCUGACCCAAAGGUUUCAUGGUUUCAAUCGUUCAGUUGAAGUACUGGAUGAUGGUUCAUAUGAUCUGAAAAUAAAGAAUGCUGCAGUAGAGGACAGUGGGAAGUACAAGUGUGCUCUGUUUGCACCACUUGGAAAGCAGAACAAAGAGGGAUACAUCCAAUUAAAGGUUAUUGGUUGCCCAACUAAUCAGACAGUUACUUACUGGGACACUUACUGUAUUGUUUUCUCAGUGAUAAUACUGGUAGCAUUAGUGGCAUGUUUCUUGUCUUGGAAAUGUUUGAAAACUGUUUUAGAAGGUGGCUUGGAUGUUACUAAGGAGCAGCUUAAGAUAAACAUGAACAAUAUUCAGAAGAAGGCAAACUUGCCACUACUUCAGAAAACCAGCUUGAAUGGAGCAGAAGCCCAGAAUCCUGCUGGAAAUAUCUGUCAGCACCACACGUGCCUGUUAUUGCCUUGAUUUGGGGUGAAUGUCUUGCUCCUACAGUAGCUGCUCUUGGAGGAUAGAGGUGUUUGCCAUGGCGCAGAAUCCGGUCACCAAUUCAGGUUGUAAACAGUGAAAGGUGACAGAGAGAGAAAGAGCUGGACUAAUAGAGAUUGAGGAAGGAAUGCUUUACAAAUGUGGUACAGUUGGGACAAACACAUGUAUAAAGAGUCUGUAGUCCAUAGCAACAGCAGCCUGUUGCUCAGCUGAAUGAUGGAAGACUCAGAGCGGAAGAGACACAGGUUUUUUUAAUUAUUAUUAUUGAAGUCCAGGAAUUAAAAAACUAAAUAUUAAAACUCUUGCCAUAGAAGAACUGUAACUGCAGACCAUGCUGUAUGAUUAAAAAUGUCAUUAUUCUGUUCUACAAAAUGAUGUACUGUUGUGAUCCUCAAGCUUUCCAUCCUACCAUAGGUCUGAUUUGUUAUUUUACAGUCAGAGAAUGUAUGUUACAGGGGUCCUGUGCUACAACAGUGCCAUCUUGUGGAUGUUAUGCUUUUGAAAAAGUACAUUUUAAGAGUUUCAGGAAUACUGAGGAAGGGUACUGCAGUCAAACAUUUGGGUCCACAGAACACUUUGCAUGGAUAAUACUAAAGUGCUUUUGUAUUUACUUUAAAUAAUUUCAACGGGAAUAAGUAGGUGUUCUGCUUUUAGAAUAUGAAUAUAUUCAUGUUUGUACACUACUGACUUCUGUAACCAAUCACAAUGGAAAGUGAAAUAAAUAAGCUAUAAUAUUGCAUGGAAAUCAAAUGCAAAGAGCAGUACAUUGAAGACUAUACAGUAUAACGAAGUUAC